GGUACUUCCUGUUCCUUGAACUCUGGAGAGGUGACUUGACUUCCCCAGUCAAAGACUUGGCGACAGGUCAUAAUUGCAGUGAAAACGGCUGAAGCAAACCUUCAGCAUGGCACUGCUUUUUGCAAGGACUUCAUUGCUGCUUCGUAAUCAAGGUAGCCAAAAACUACCACAACUUUUGAGGCAGAGUACAGAAAACUCUCUUGGCGCUUGCACAGUCCUUGUUGCGAACUUGACGUCUUACCAUAGCGAAAAGGCACCCCGAAAGAAGGCUUGGCCGUACAAGAAGAAGGGAUUUAGGUAUUGGCAUAUUCCUUUUGACAGAGUUGACAGCCGGAUUGAUGACAACACGAAAGUAAUUGUUAUCGAUGGAAACCUGGCUACUGGCAAAGCUGAACUUGGAAAGAAGAUUGCCAAAGAAUUUGAUCUUCUGUACGUUCCUGAUGUCUCUGAUAAGGACAUGUACACAAUACAGCAGACCAAUUUUGAUGUCAGAGAAUAUGAUGCACAGCUACCCGUCAAAGCAAGAUCUUGUGACUUUGAGGCCUUUUACUCACAGAAUGCAUCAAAAGGUGUGCUGGCGAACUUCCCAAGAACUCAGUAUGAAAUUUUUCGACACAAGCUGUUCAAUUAUGCCCAAAACAUCAUCGCCCAUGUAUUGAACACAGGCCAAGGUGUCGUCAUGAACAGAGGAGUGUGGUCUGAUAUGGUGUUUGCACACACUCUGAGAAAGCAGGGAUACAUGUCUGCCAGAGCCCUCAAAGCUUACCAGUACCAGUAUGAAGUGGCCACUGACUACUUUUGGCAUCCACAUCUUGUCAUAUAUCUGGAUGCUCCUGUUGACCAGGUGAAAAAGAACAUCAAGAAGAGGAAUGUGCCAUGGGAAGUAAACAGCCCUGUCUUGACUGAUGAGUUCUUGCACACAAUCAAUGAUGUCUACAAGAACAAGUACCUGCCUUAUAUGAAGACACGGGCUGAGGUCUUGACUUACAACCUUGCUGAGAAUCCAGAACCAGAUUUUGAAGUGGUUGUGGAGGAUUUGGAGAGCUUGGACUUGAACAAUGCUCCCCUGGAGUAUGAGAAAAGAUUUGCUGAUUGGAAGGAUGUGCACAACAGAGAUUUUAAUGACAUGAGAAGUUUAUGCUCAGAGCACAACCACUACAAGCUUCUCAACAUUUUCAACUUCCACCCUCCGUAUGAAGCGUCUGAACUUAUUGUGGAUGGGAUGGAUGGCCUGGCCUACAAUGCGACUGUGGCUGAAGAUCCUCGCUUCAAAUACAGUGAAAACUACCAGCCCGGUGAUUCCAUGAGACACUGGAGAAUAUUGUAGAAGGAAGCUUAGAUAGAUCUUGAAUUUUUAUUGCAAGUGUGAAACUGUUGUCUUGACAUUUUUGUUUUUCUGUUGAAGGAUUUUUUUUCUGUGGCAAAAGCACAGACUGUAGAUGAUGGGCAGUGUAUAGCUUAGGACUUGUGAGAUUUAUUAAAGGUCUAAAGUAUGGAAUGAAAGUGACAUGUUCACUCUUUUUCUUUAUUGAUUCAGUAUGAAUAUAUACAAAGUUAGGAGUAUGUCUAGUGAUAAAUUUCUUUGCUUCAAGAACCAGCUUUGACAGUGAAUGAAGUUUGUUCAAAUGGAUUUGAAGUCUUAUGUGUACUUUUUCUGUGUCUUGUGAUAACUAAAUGACACUUGAAAACUGUUUUUCCAUGUCUGAAGAUGUUUUUCAUGCAUCUUGUAUUUCGUUACUUGUUUCGGGACGCUUGGUAUUUGAUGAAUAAAGCAACCCUUUGUGUACCUGGAAGUGGUUGGACGUUGAUUUG